CAUCUUCUAUUCCCCGUGUAGAAAGCCUUUUCUCAUCAACCACAACCCAAUAAUUCUCUCUCAACCCUAAUUUUCCCAUCCUAGGAGGAACUUUAAUUUUCCUAGUCGUUUAAUAAGUUUCUGGUGAUGGGCAAUUACAUUUCUUGCACCUUGGCUGUUCCUUUGAUGAAGAACACAAGGGCAACGCGUGUGAUCUUCCCCACAGGUGAAGUGAAGCAAUACAAGGAGCAAGUGAUCAAUGCUGCGGAGCUCAUGAUGGAGUGCCCCACUCACUUCUUAACCAACUCCAAGUCUCUACACAUCGGACGCAGGUUUUCAGCCCUUGGUGCCGAUGAAGACUUGGAGUGUGCUAAUGUCUACAUCUUCUUUCCUAUGAGAAGACUAAAUUCCGUCGUCACCCCCGCCGAUGUGGCUGUGCUCUUCAUGGUCGCGAAUGCGACCACAAAGAGAGUAUCUAAUGGCCAUGAUUUAAAGUCACAUGAUCAGUUAACCCGUGUUGGAAUAAAUGAUGAAGCUCCAAGGUUGAGUUUGGAAGGAGUUGAGUUAGGGUUUGGGAAUAGGUUGAGUUAUUGUAGGUCAAGGAAGCCUUUGUUGGAAACCAUAAACGAGGAACCCAUUUGGUUAAGGUGAAAGAAAAUGGAUAGAGGUGGUGACCAAAAUUAACAAUAUUAUAGAAUAUUAAUGCUGUGCAAAUUGUUCAACCAUUUUUGUGGCUUGAGUUAGGGUUAAUUUAGAAAAGUACUACUCCGGCGUAGGUGGGAUGAACCAAUUGGCAAGUUGCAGCAGAUUAGAAAGUUAAGCUUGCAAGAUACAUUCAACGUGUGGACCAUAGCUCAAAUGGAAAGAGGUUGAGAAUAGUCUUCUAACACUUGGCGUUGUAAGUUAAUAAUAAGAAGACUUUGUUUUCGAAUGUGCACGUUCGUCUUAACAAUUAAUUAUAUUUUGGACACGCGUUUCAAGCAAUAUAUAGAAACUUCCUUACAUCUCAUCAAAUUUAAUGUGGGUAGGUAGAAGAAUAAGGAUAGCUUUUGCACUAAUAUCAAAAGUUGAUAUAGUUAAACUUUUAUAUAGAUUGCAUGAUCACAAGCAAUACACACAUUCAUCCUAUUAAAUUAUUAUAGAUGCAUAAUUUAUUUGUUGAUUCA